AUGGCUGAUGAUGUGAUGUAUUACUGUGUUGUGCAGCCCACAGUGGGGAAGAUUCCUAUUAUCUUUAGGACAGUGCUGAUUCUCGGAAACACAAGUCAAUCAGAACAUUCAGAGGUCUCUGAUGAAGAAGGGUCUUCAAUAACUCUGAAGUGCACUUACUCAACCAGUGAAAAUGGACCAUAUUUAUACUGGUACAGACAGUUUCCUAACAGGGCUCCUCAAUCAAUGGUGAUGAGAGGAGCUGAAACAUUGAGAACAGUGAAGACUGAGAGUGGAUUAUUCACAGAGAGACACUCUACAAAUGCUGAUAAGGAAUCUACCAACCUGACAAUGUCCAGACUGGAAGCAGGCGAUGCAGUGACGUAUCACUGUGCACUGCAGCCUCACAGUGCUUCAGAACCACGGCACAUUAGACUCUACUGGUAUCGGCAGAACUCAAACCGAGCCCUGGAAUAUAUACUGUACAAAGGAGCCAGAUCAGGGAGUAGUGAAUCUCACACUGCAGACUUUGCCAAAAGCAUGUUCACUUCUACAACAGACAGCUCUUCUACUGCAACCACCAUUUCCAAACUUGCUCUGAGCGACACAGCAAUCUAUCACUGUGCUUUGAGGAUAGCACAGUGUGAGAUCUCAGGAUCAAGUAUCUCAGACACCACCAUCACUGACUGUGAGUGA